AAGGGAGUUUUCUCCCACUGGGGAGAAAAGUGGAGAAUAUAUAUCUAAAAUAGACAUACAUGCAUGGGUUAACCCCUUUGUAAAAAUCUACUAUCUCAGCCUUCAUGAUACAGGGCAAAAAUGUGCCUAAUGCCUUCUUACUAGGAGUAUGUCUGAGACCUUCAUGAUAAGGCUGGCAUUUGUGGGGGGAGCUGCUGCUGUCGAGUAAGAUAACCAGUUCCCAACCAGUGCCAUUCUAUGGUUCUGAUAUCAGCAGGAAGCAGUUUAGGACUGAAGGCAGUAAUAAUUGGAGACCAGGGUAAGGCUAAGAGAGACAAAGGGGGAAAUUUUAAAGACGUUAGGCGAUCGAGUGAUCUACAUCCAUGCAGACAGCAUAAUUUGUGGUGACUUCAAUAUUAUCCUUGAUGGGGUUGCCUUGUACUUCUGUAAGAGGCCAGUGUGCUUUCGAAAUCUAUUUGGGAAAAUGAUUUAUUUAUUUAGAAAAAGCAACAUGGAAUCUGCCCUGGGCAAUAUACAACUCAGUAUCAGUAAGCCAAGAACAACAUGUCAAGCCAAAUAACAAACUCUCAGAAGUGCUGGAGUUUUUGGAUUGCCUCCACUGAGCAGGGUGUGCGUGUGUGAACGAGAUGGCUUUUGAAGCCCCCAUCCAACUCUCAGAUGAAGCACCACCUUUUGUGUACAGGGUGCUUUUCAAACUUUCGUUUGUUCUCACUGCUGGCAUGCAAGAUCAUCAGUCCUCAUACUUUGCAAAUAUGAAACUUCAGAUGCAAUCCAGUGACUAGUCUGCCAUUGGCCAAGCAAGCAUCUGAAGCCAAUUCCUGAGGCCAGGGGUCAACUUUGCUUAUGCAAUGUUUUGGGGUGCAGGCAAUGGUCCUUGUAUCCCAUCUGGCUGUUAAAAACACAGAAUCAAUUCCAGGCCUGUGCUUUCCUGGCUAGCUGGCAACUCUUCUAGCCCACCUGUGUAAUGUUUAUUUAUUUCAUUUCCAUUAACCCGCUUUUCUCACCCAAUGGGGUGACCCAAAGAGGCAUAUACCGGUAACAUUUGUUUUCUAUUUUAUGCUCACAACCACGCUGUGAUACCCUUCCCUUUCUUUUGCUUGCACCUUUCACAGCUCCUCUAAUCAGACUUCAGGAAACUCCCGUUGUUUCCAAUGGGCAUUCAAGUCAAGUCGCCCUUCAUUGGCGUAUCAGCAUUAAAAACACACAAAAAAACUCUCCAUUUAUAACAUACUAGAAGAUCUUGAGAAUCAGCUGCAAUACUAUAGAAGUCUUACUCUAUUUUUGUAGACGCAUCUCAAUACUGAUACGUAGAAAUUUGGCUGCUGUAUCGGUUAUAUUAUCAGCAUCAUUAUUUAACAUGCAUACGAUUUUUUGGUUGGUCUGAUAAACUUUUUUACUUUUGCCAGAACCGGUUGCAAAAGAUUUCAGUGGCCAUUCCAAAAGUACGUUCUCUGAGGAGCGCUGCGUCCCAUUGGCCAGCAGAGGUCGCUGCCGCGAAGAGCUCUUUCCCCGAAGGAGCCCGUUUAGAGGGCGGGUUUUAUUUUAAAAAGGGGGCGGGGACAAAAAAGAAAGCGUGCUAGGCCCCGCCCCUUUCUCCCCAAGGUGGCUCCUUUCCUUCUCCUCCCGUCGUGCUGUGCGACGGCCGGAAGCGGCGGCGGCGACGGGGUCACCGCGCGGGGGCUGCACCGGGGACCUCGACGCUGAGGCAGGCGGAUGGCGGAGUCCGGGCCUCAGCCGCCGGGGGGCGGCCCCAGCCGGCACGAGAAGAGCCUGGGGCUGCUCACCACCAAGUUCGUGUCGCUGCUGCAGGAGGCCAAGGACGGCGUGCUCGACCUCAAGCUGGCAGCAGACACCUUGGCAGUGCGACAAAAGAGGCGCAUCUAUGAUAUCACAAACGUCCUGGAAGGUAUUGGGCUGAUUGAGAAGAAGUCCAAGAACAGUAUUCAGUGGAAAGGUGUGGGACCGGGCUGCAACACCCGUGAGAUCGCCCAUAAGCUGAUCGAACUGAAAGCUGAGAUCGAGGACCUGGAGCAGCGGGAGCGAGAACUGGAGCAGCAGAAAAUGUGGGUCCAGCAGAGCAUCAGGAAUGUUUCCGACGAUGUCCAGAACAACAGGUUAGCCUAUGUGACCGAUGAGGACCUCUGCAAAUGCUUUGCAGGUGACACACUGCUAGCCAUUCGAGCCCCAUCAGGCACUCAGCUCGAGGUUCCUGUUCCUGAGGGCUUGAAUGGGCAGAAGAAAUAUCAGAUCCAUCUGAAAAGCACAAGUGGUCCCAUCGAUGUUCUGCUAGUCAAUAAGGAUGUGUGGAGCUCCCCUCCGGUGGUACUUCCUGUCCCUCCCCCAGAAGACCUUAUCCAGUGCCAGUCAGUCACUUCUUCCAAGCCCCAUUCCCAAGAGGCAUCCCUCCCUAGUGGUGCCCUCCCUUCCGUACCUGGGCCCAACAGCAUUCAGGACCAGAGCCCUGCUCCUCAGAAAACUCUCAGCGCCACAGACAGCGGAAUCUCAACAGCGGAAUCCAGAGGCAGCCGGGAGUUGGACUCGCUCACCCCUUCAACGGCACCCACCAGCCCUCCUGCCAAGCUGGACACGCAGCCCCUUCAGCCUUCCGCCUUGCUGGACAGCAGCUCCAUCCUGUCCAGUCCCUCGUCCUCCUUUGAACCAAUCAAACCAGACCCCACAGAAAUACUGGAGCUUCCCAAAGAGCUUUCAGAGAUGUUGGAUCCUAUGAGAGAAUGCAUGAAUUCUGAGCUGCUCGAAGAGCUGAUGUCCUCUGAAGUGUUCGCUCCCUUGCUGCGCCUCUCCCCGCCUCCCGGAGACCACGACUACAUCUACAACCUGGAUGAGAGCGAAGGGGUGUGCGACCUGUUCGAUGUGCCGAUCCUCAAUCUCUGACUCUUGGCAUACCAUCUGGAUGGACUUCGGGAUGCACGGAUGCAUAGAUUUUUUUAAUUAAAAAAAACUGUCUUUGGGGGCAGGGGAAGCCCCUCCAUGGUUUUGGGAUUCCUUUUUUGCUAGUUGCUUGAGUGACUCACCUGAACUGCUGCAGUUUGGACAUGAGACUGAGAGGACGGACUUGCUUCCAGGCUUGGCAGCCUCCUUAUUUGGGGCUUCUUCCUUUCCCGAGUUGCACAGGCUGCGUCUCCGAUUUUUACCUCGCUCCGUUUUUGCCGGCCUUUCCCUGGAUCCCGGGCCUCCAUCCCAGGUGUACUUGCCAUUGAAUCUUCUUGUCCAGCUGAAGACCUUUCUCAGGUCCAGAUCCUGCUUUUGGCUUCCCUGCAGUUUUGGAGUCACUUUGUCUUAGGAACCCGAAGGGUGAUCCACAGCCUGCUGUCUUUGGGAGAGCAGAGGAUUGGCCUGUCUCGUAUCUUGGCCUUGUUGUUAACAUGACUGUGUUUCUUUUGGCAACUACUUUUUUUGUGUGCAGAGGUGAGUGGGAGGGAAACUGAAGCCACAGGGCUCGUGGCAACCUUACUUUGCAUCGGUUUUGUUGUAGGACAGGCGUGUAGAAACUGCAUUUUGUGGGUUCAGCCCCCUUCUUUUGAGGCACAGUGUGACGUGAGAGGGUCUUCUUCCUUUAGCUGCAUAGGUGAGCAAAAAAGGGGGUUCCAACUUUGCACAGUCACUUUCCUCCAAAGAGAUGUAAUUGAGAAACGGAUUGCUCCGGACUGCGGCCGUGGUGUAUUUGGCAAGAAGACACUUCUUUGGGACUUUCCCGUAAAAAGCUGCAAGUUGUGCUCUAUAAUAGAAGCUGCUGGUGAUAAUCCAUAACUUUCCUCGUCACCCUGAGGGCAAUAUUCAGAUGCUGGAAGUGGGCUGCAGAAGCUCAGUGGCAUUUUCUGCUGCAAAAAGGCUGCAUACAUGUGCAAAAGUAUUCGCUCACCACACUCCAGGAGGUGCUGGGUUGCAAUGCCUGUCUUGGGGUUCUCCACCUUCUAAUGACAGAUGUUUAGGGUUUUACCCCCUGGCUGAUCAUCUGAAGGGGAGGUGAGAAAUCUCCCUUUUGCACUUCUGGAAGUCUUUCCCGUGGGCAGCUGAACCGACACUUGUUUUCUGCUCUGUACUCUUAACCUGAAACAAUCACUUAAAACUCUCCAUUCUCUGCAGCGGGAGAAAGCUUUCCCGCCAAGGAGAGUUGCAACAGCUAACGAUCUCCCCCAAACCUUGCUGUGUGGAGUGAAGUCUGAUUUCAGCUGUCUGUGUAGGGCUGCAGAUGAGUGCAGAUCUAGGCUAUUCCCAGAAUCAGGGAGUGCUUUUUGGUCGAGGAGAAGUGCUGGCCCUUUGUUUCAAAUUUACCACAAUCCUCUGCUGAGUUGCUCAUCUCAAAAUGUGUUGCAGCCGUGGGCUUAGACCGAAGUAACUCUGUGAAGGAUUGCACUGCUAGUCCUGUUUGCUAGAGCGGAUGAACUACAACUACAUGUCUACAUCUUUCACAGGGAAGGCGUACUGUUUGCUAUACAUACCCCUCCAGAAUAGAAGCUCGCUUCUGUUUCUAGAGGCUUAGAGCCUUGUGAAAUACCUGCUUGGUUUUUUUGUGCUCGAGUGUUCCAGAUUUUUCUGAGUGUGUCUCUCUUCUCCCUUAUCCUAUGCCUUUAGGAAGCUAGCUGGCUUCCCUCCCUCCUUGUUCACAUGGAUACCUUGACCUCUGUUUUCAAUGGAGUAUCUGAUAGCUGUCCCCUCCACCCACCCUUGCUUAUAUGUGCUGUCAAUCUCUGUCAUAUGACGUCUGGGAAAGAAGAUACCUAGAGAGAUGUACAAUGGGAAAAAUGAAUUUUGAUUCCUAUAUAAAGAUUAUUUUUAUACUUUUUUGCAGCAAAAACAAAAAUUCAGCUGUAAUAUUUGUACAGUGAGUUUUUUUGAAUGAAUGAAUAAACAGAUCCUUUACAA